AUGACAUCCCAUUCCUCCCAAUCGCCCUCCGCACCGUCUCCGUCCCUGAAACGCAAGCAACCGACUAUCUCCAGCUUCUUCACGCAAAAGCCCUCGUCACAACAAAGUGCCUCAAAUGGCUCGGAGGCUGCUCAAGAGCGGUCAUCCAAGAAACGGCCAGCGUCGCCGGAGGAAGACCAUGACCAAAAGCAAGCUCCCGAACCAGAGCCUGAAGCCGAAGACGAGGACGAACUCGUAGUGCGGCCUACGAAACGUGCCAGAACGAACGGAUCUAUUCCCACCGAACCGGAACAGCCUGCAGAAAUACCUGCCAACCCACCCUCGCAGCUGAUCAGCAGCCAACGCACCGACCUCUUCAAGUUCCAAAGCUCGCCCGCCGGCGCCACAACUACAGAGGAUGACCACGAGGACACACAAUGGAAGAAACAAAGAGAGAAACUGCACCAGAAGUUUGUUCGGAAGCUUGGUGGUGCAGACUGCCUAAUUGGAAUUGGUCGAGCGGCUGCCAGUGACGUUGCCGCCGCGGAGACUGAAGAGGCCGACGACGAAGAGGAGGCUCCUCCGCCGCCCACCAAGGGAAAAGGCGCCAAGAAGGGUGGCGGCAAACUCACACCGAUGGAAAAGCAGGUUAUCGAGAUCAAGCGGAAGCAUAUGGAAACGGUGCUGGUUAUCGAGGUCGGAUACAAGUUCCGGUUCUUUGGCGAGGAUGCGCGGAUUGCGGCUAAGGAACUGGGGAUUGUGUGCAUACCUGGGAAAUUCAGGUUUGAUGAGCAUCCAUCAGAAGCCCACAUCGACCGGUUUGCUUCAGCUAGUAUCCCCGUCCAUCGGCUACAUGUCCAUGUGAAACGCCUCAUUACCGCAGGACACAAGGUUGGUGUUGUACGACAGAUCGAAACGGCUGCGCUGAAGGCUGCGGGCGAUAACCGCAAUGCGCCGUUCGUCCGCAAGUUGACCAACUUGUACACGAAAGGCACGUACAUUGAUGAUAUCGAAGGCCUCGAGAGCCCGGCCCCAGCAGCUGGACAUGCUUCGCCGGCUACGGGGUAUAUGCUUUGCAUUACAGAGUCCAAUGCCAAAGGCUGGGGUAAUGAUGAGCGAGUACAUGUCGGUAUUGUCGCGGUGCAGCCCAACACGGGCGAUGUGAUCUACGAUGAUUUCGAGGACGGUUUCAUGCGAAGUGAAAUCGAGACUCGGCUUUUGCAUAUUGCGCCUUGCGAGAUUUUGAUCGUUGGGGAAAUGUCUCGGGCUAGUGAGAAGCUGGUGCGACAUCUGUCUGGGAGCAAGAUGAAUGUUUUUGGUGACGCCGUGCGGUUGGAGCGGACUACGAAGAAGAAGACUGCUGCCGCUGAAGCGUAUAGCCAUGUUUCAAGCUUCUAUGCUGGCAAGAUGAAAGCUACUGGAACUGAUGAGGAUGUACGUGCUGCACAGCUGUUGAAGAACGUCCUCGAGUUGCCGGAGCACGUUACGAUCUGCCUGUCCUCCAUGAUCGAGCAUAUGACUGAGUACGGCCUGGAACAUGUCUUUGACUUGACCAAGUACUUCCAGCCCUUCUCGGCGCGGUCUCAUAUGCUUCUGAAUGGAAAUACUCUGGUCAGUCUGGAGAUCUACCAGAAUCAGACUGAUCACUCGGCGAAAGGGAGUCUUUUCUGGACAUUGGACCGGACGCAGACGCGCUUCGGACAGCGUUUGUUGCGCCGGUGGGUUGGACGGCCUUUGCUUGAUAAGACAAGGCUGGAAGAGCGUACCAAUGCUGUGGAGGAGUUGACCGAUCCUGCUCGAGCGGUCCCUGUAGAGAGAGUCAAAGGGUUGCUGAGCAAGAUUAAGAGUGACUUGGAAAAGAGCUUGAUUCGCAUUUACUAUGGCAAGUGCACUCGCCCAGAGCUCCUCACAGUCCUGCAAACCAUGCAGACGAUCGCCAUGGCAUUCGCGGACAUCAAAUCCCCCGCCGACUCGGGCUUUGAAUCGACACUUCUUAGUGAGGCUGUUGCUUCUCUCCCAACAAUCCAAGAAGAUGUCACCCGAUUCUUGGACAAGAUCAACAUGUACGCGGCCAAGAAAGAUGACAAAUACGCCUUCUUCCGAGAAGAGGAAGAAACCGACGAGAUUGGCGAAAAAAAGCUGGGCAUCGCCAGUAUCGAACACGAAUUGCAGGCUCACCUCAAGGUAGCCGAGGAGAAGCUGGGCAGGAAGAAAGUCGAGAACGCGACUGUUUCCGGCAUCGAAUACCUGAUCGAGAUCGAGAACAACUCCCUGGCGAUCAAAAAAGUGCCUGCCUCUUGGGUCAAGGUUAGCGGUACCAAGAAGGUCUCCCGCUUCCACACCCCGGAGGUGAUCCAACUGAUCCGCCAACGAGACCAGUACAAGGAAGCACUCGCUGCAGCCUGCGACAAGGCCUUCGCAUCUCUUCUGGCAGAUAUCUCUCUACAAUACCAAUCCUUCCGAGACUGUGUACAGUCCCUUGCAACCCUCGAUUGUCUAGUCUCUUUGGCCGCCAUCGCUCAACAACCCGGCUACGUCAAGCCCGAAUACACCGAAGAUGCCUGCCUCCACGUCGAACAAGGCCGCCACCCCAUGGUCGAGCGUCUUCUAACAGACACAUACGUUCCAAAUGACACAAAACUCGACCACGACGGCACCCGCGCCCUCCUUGUAACAGGUCCAAACAUGGGCGGCAAGUCCAGCUACGUACGACAAAUCGCUCUCAUCGCCAUAAUGGGCCAAAUAGGCUCUUACGUCCCAGCAGCCUCAGCCCGUCUAGGCCUCCUAGAUGCAGUAUUCACGCGCAUGGGUGCAUUCGACAACAUGCUCGCCGGCGAAUCGACAUUCAUGGUCGAGCUUUCAGAAACAGCAGAUAUCCUCAAACAAGCAACGCCGCGGUCACUAGUGAUCCUCGACGAACUCGGUCGCGGAACAUCCACGCACGACGGUGUCGCGAUCGCGCAGGCUGUUUUGGAUCACAUGGUACGGUCGAUUCAAUCGCUGACGCUGUUCGUCACACAUUACCAGCAUCUCUCGCGUAUGGUGCAGUCUUUUCCAAAUGCAGAACUGAGGAAUGUGCACAUGCGGUUCACGGAGUCGGGGGAGGAUGAUGAUGAUAUCACUUUCCUUUAUGAGGUUGGUGAGGGGGUGGCUCAUCGGAGUUAUGGAUUGAAUGUUGCGCGUUUGGCGAAUUUGCCGACGUCCGUGCUGGAUCUUGCGAGGAUGAAGAGUGCGGAGUUGGAGGAGGCUAUUAAGCGGAAGAGGUUGGCUGCUGUUGUUGGCGCUGUGGGGAAGAUUGUUGAGGAAGGUUCUCAUAAGGAUGAUCUGUUUGAUCGAUUGCUUGCGAGUGCUGAGCAGUUGUAA